AUGACAGCCGACAGCACAACGACACCCAAUGGAUCUCAAGACACAGAAAGCACAAUCAUGGCGAGCGAAAAUGGCAAUGAAAACGACCAUCGUUUCAUAGUAGGAUGGGAAGAUCCCGUUGAUAAAGAUCCCGAAAAUCCUAUGAACUGGUCAAGUGGACGCAAAUGGGGUAUUAUUGGAAUUCUUUCCUUUCUUACCUUUUUGACUCCUCUAGCAUCUUCAAUGAUGGCACCGGGCGUGCCCGAAAUCAUGGCCGAGUUCAACGAGUCCAGUACCGAAGCAUCAACGUUCGUUGUUUCGAUUUUUGUCCUCGGGUUUGCAUUUGGGCCACUGUUAAUGGCCCCAUUGAGCGAAAUAUACGGCCGGACACCUGUAUACCACGUAUGCAACUCCUUGUUCGUCUUGUUCAUGGUCGGUUGCGCCCUUUCUGAGAACGUAGGAAUGUUAAUGGCAUUCCGCUUCUUAUCUGGCUUUGUCGGCGUUGCAGUGGUUACAUGCGGGAGCGGCUCGAUAGCAGAUAUGGUGCCCGCAGAGCAGCGAGGUGGAGCCAUGGCAGUUUGGUCCAUAGGCCCAAUGUUAGGUCCUGUCGUUGGCCCAGUAUGCGCUGGAUUCCUGGUGGAGGCAAAAGGUUGGAGAUGGGUGUUUUGGGUCACGACCAUUGUGGCCGGAGCCGCUGUUUUGGCAUCAUUCCUAGUCAUCCGUGAAACAUAUGCCCCAGUCCUACUCGAACGAAAAGCGGCCAAGUUACGCAAGACAACCGGCAAUGACAAUUACCAUUCGACAGACACACAACAGACACCACGAGAGGUGUUCCUAGCUACUAUUACUCGGCCGGUCAGAAUGUUCAUUUUUUCGCCAAUUGUAAUGAUCGUCUGCAUAUACAUUGCGACACUUUACGGAAUGCUCUACCUACUCUUCACAACAUUUACGUUUGUAUACCAGGACAUAUACGGAUUCAGCUCUAUCGGAGCAGGCCUUUCCUUCAUUGCUGGCGGAGUGGGUAACUUGCUCGGUUUAUUUUUCGUUGGCUUUUUCUCCGACAGGCUGAUAAGAAAGGCUAAACUUGAGGGGACCCCAGUCUCAGCCGAGCAACGACUUGACUUGAGACUGACCGUUCCAACUGCAUUGUGUCUUCCGAUUGGUCUGAUAAUAUACGGAUGGACAGCUGAAGAGCGGCUUCAUUGGAUCGUUCCCAUGAUAGGAACAUCAAUCCUCGGGUUUGGCAUGAUUGGCAUCUUUAUGAUAUCUCAAACAUAUCUUGUGGAUGCAUUCACAAAGUAUGCAGCUUCGGUCACUGCAGCUAAUGCUGUGUUGCGAAGUUUGCUAGGGGCCCUUCUACCCCUGGGUGGACUGGAGCUUUACAACGAGCUUGGUUUGGGAUGGGGAAAUACGUUACUUGGAUUCAUAGCCCUGGCACUUGCCCCUGUUCCGUGGCUGCUGUGUAAAUUUGGAAAAGGAAUCAGGACCAGCUCCAAGUUCCGAACUGAGUUCUAG